AUGCUCGACCUUCAAGAUUUCAUCAAGGAGCGCGGCGGCGACCCGGAGAAGAUCCGUGACUCCCAGCGCCGUCGCCAUGCGCCCGUCGAAAUUGUCGACGAGGUAAUCGCCCUGUGGGAUGACCACCGCAAGACCCAGUACUCGGCGACGCAGAUCGGCAGCGAGAUCAACGCCGUGCAAAAGGAGAUUGGCAUGAAGAAGAAGAACAAGGAGAACGCCGACGAACUGCUGAAGAAGAAGGAGGACCUGCAGAAGCAGAAGAAGGACAAGGAGGACGAAGCGACUGCGAAGCUCGUCACUCUCACCGCAAAGGCCAAGAGCAUUGGCAACUAUGUCCACGAGUCCGUCCCCAUCAGCGACAACGAGGACAACAACGUCACGGAGCGCGAGUGGAAGCCGGAGGCUGGACUUGGCGCCAAGACGGAACAGACGCUCUCCCACCACCAGAUCGUCACCCGGCUGGCGGGCUACGACUCUGAGCGUGCGAUCAAGCUUGUCGGCCACAGAGGCUAUUGCUUGACCGGCUACGGACUCUUCCUCAACCAGGCGCUUAUCAACUAUGGUCUUGAGUUCCUCUUCAACAAGGGCUACACGCCCAAUCAGCCCCCCUUCUUCAUGAACCGCAACCAGAUGGCCAAGACUGCCCAGCUUGAGCAGUUUGACGAAGAGCUGUACAAGGUGACGGGCGACGGCGAGGAGAAGUACCUCAUCGCCACCAGCGAGCAGCCUCUCUCCGCCCUGCACAGCGAGGAGUGGAUCCAGGGUGGCCAGUUGCCCAUCAAGUACGCCGGUUACAGCACGUGCUUCCGCAAGGAGGCCGGCAAGCAGUACGUUAAUAUCAUCUGCCUGGAGGCCUGGGGCCUGUUCCGUGUACACCAGUUCGAGAAGAUUGAGCAGUUCAUCUUCUGCAAGCCAGAGGACAGCUGGAAGCACUUUGACGAGAUGAUUGCCGCCUCUGAGGAGUUCUACCAGAGCUUGGGUUUGCCCUACCGGAACAAUGCCGCCGCCAAGAAGUACGACUUGGAGGCUUGGUUCCCGUUCCAGCAGGAGUACAAGGAGCUCGUCUCUUGCUCCAACUGCACCGACUACCAGACCCGCGAGCUCGAGGUUCGCUACGGUGUCAAGAAGGCCAAGGAGGCCCCUGGUGGUGGACGCAAGGAGUACGUCCACGCUCUCAACGCUACCCUCUGCGCCACCGAGCGCACCCUCUGCUGCAUCCUGGAGAACUACCAGACGCCCGACGGCUUCAAGGUCCCCGAGGUGCUGCGCAAGUACAUCCCCGGCCAGCCCGAGUUCCUGCCCUACGUCGCCGAGCUCCCCAAGGAGAUCACCGUCGUCGCCGGCCAGAAGAAGAAAUAA